CAAAUCUGACAUGGAAAAGUGACUAAAAGAAAGCCAUUGUUGAAAAACAAUAAUCCGUAAGAAGCCCAGUUUGCAUUUUGACACCAGUAGUGUAGAGAGCAUGUGGUAGAUGGUGAUUUUGCCAGUGGAAAUGGGCAGAUUGAUAAAAAAAAAUAUUGAUACCAAGUUGGUAACAGCACUGAAUUGAUACUAGCAAGGUAAGUUUGAUAAUUAGCUUCAGAUUCACUCUUGAAAUUCAGUUUUGUUUUUGUGUUGUAGCUUCUUAACUCUACCGCAAAAGAGAUUUUGUUUCAAUUCGGUCUCCAGUGAUUAUUUCUCUUUUUUGCACUUUAUUUAAGAAAAAUGCAUGCAAAUUAUGUUAAUAAAAUGUCAUUAAAGUAUUUUGUAGGCACCUAUAAGCUUGAUUUCAAUUCUGUUGUAGAUUAGAACAAAAUAAUUCAAAGGAAAAACCACAAAGAACAGAAAGGUCAGAAUGUCAGUAUUUGUAUCAGCAAUACAGAUCAAAUUAUGCAGUGUGACACACCUACAAAUUAAAAAAAUUAUCAUUCUGGACUACAUGCAGAACACUGUGCAGCAGGAAACAAACAGUGAUGUUUGGAUUUGUUUUUAUUCUUCAGCAGGAACAGAAAGUUACAUUUUUUGCCUGUAUCUUUUAAUAUAUUUGCACAACUUUGUCUAUAACAACCCCUCCUAUCCCCCCCCAAAAAAUUUUUUUUAAUAAAACAAUUUUAAGUUUGUGGUUGUAACGUCACAUAAAAAAAGAUUAUGAGGUAUAAAUACUUCUGCAAUACACUGGACAGUGUAGUUUCUAAAGCCCGUCGCAAAGAUACUCUCAACAGUUUGGAGAACUUUUACUUUCUUUUGCGUAGUUAUUCUUUCAGUUAAGUGAAACAAAAAGAAAAAACCUAGAAUAUUACAGAAAGAGAAAUAAACCCGGAGUGCGUGUGUGUGUGUGUGUGUGUGUUUCUGUAUCCAGGAUACUGUGCUCAGUCGCGGGGUGGAGGAGCUGGGAAGGAGCUACUGCGGGAUCCGAACCUCCUGAGCAGGAAUUUCCUCCCACUUUCUGAGCCAAACGUUCACGUGUAACUCGUGUUACUCGUGUUUUUGCUGGACCGUGGCCACGUUUUGGGCACAGCAGACCCCACCCCUUCUGGAGGAGGGUCUUCCCACUCCACGGCAGUCAAUAAAAGUUUAGUCCGUGUGCGUGGCUGUGGGAAAUCUGGGAGAACCUCGCAGGAGACCGUAACGUUUCCGUGUGAUUUGUGGAGAGUGUGGAUUGGAUAACAAAACCAACUUCAUCGUCAUUGUUGUGAAGCUGUGAGUCGAAGACAACAAAGAGGUGGACAGACAGACUCACUUGAUACCACAGAAGAAGAACUGGAAUUCAUUUGAAUCAACAUUGCAGAAUCAUGGCUCCUCACAAGUCGAUGCUGAGCUCCCUAGGGGGGAACAGACAGGCCCGCAGGAACCUGUUCGGCCCUGUGGACCGAGACCAGCUGCAGGUGGAGUACAAGGCAGCGCUGCGCAAAGACCUGGACGAAGCGUCCAGACGAUGGGGCUUUGACUUCAAGUCGAACAAGCCCCUGGAAAGCAGCGACUUCAAGUGGGAGGGCAUCCCAGAAACCAGGGUGCCACUGCUCUACAGGUCCUGCGUGCUGGCAGAGGGCCUGGGGCUGGCAGGACGGGCUGUUCGGACCAAACCAGCAAGGGUGGAGAAGGAGAACAUCCCUCAGAUGCCAGAGAAGUGGGACCUGGAGGACCUGGAGAAAACGCCGGAGAAGGGAGACAAAGCUGUGCUGAAGAGGAAACAGACAAACAUCACAGAUUUCUAUCAGGCCAAGAGACGAGUUGUGUGGAUGCCGAGGAAAUCCGGGGAGUGAUAUCCACAGAAACGCUGCCAAAGCUCCCAAGAAACCACACGGGCAGCACCUGACUCAGGAAUCACACAGACUACAACCAUGAAUCAUGUAAACAAAAAAAAAAACCCAGAAGGGACCUCAGCUGCUCGUCUACAGUAUAUGGUAAUUAGGGUCAGUAAAGGAGGGAGCUGGCUUGUUUUUUUUCCCCCUGUCGGUGGAAAGAUGGGGGCAUUUGAGCAGAAAAGAUUAACAGUAAUCCCUGGAAUCAGUGGAUUUAUACUCAUUUGGAUCAAGGGCUCGCCAAAGUGCUGACUGACAUUUGCUGCGGUCGUCCAUCCCACGGCUCUUUCAAAAACCUCAGCUUCUCUGUAACUCUACCGACAAGAAGACCUGGAUGGAGCGAUUCGAGAUGUCGCUGAGGCUGUUGGGUUCGCAGGAAGAAGCUGAAGACCAGGAGGAAGCACUUAGUCUCCUUUGUUCAAAUGCACUGUUGUUGUUGUUUUUUUUUACUGUGUUUUCUACUUCUUGUCCUUUGUAGAGAAAUACUUGAGGAGCUCUGAUCUCUUGAACAUGCAGAAGCUUUGCUUAGACGCCAAAUGACAGAAGUGCCACCCUGUUUUUUUUCCCAUCUAUUCUACUGUUUGUAAAAGUUGUCAUUUAAAAAAAAAAAAUCAACCCAGACAAUUUAACAGAGUUAUUAGCCUCUGGCUCCUGUUCGUAGGAUAUAUGUUGUAAUCUAACUCAGAUUGAGAGAUAAAGUUUUAUUUAGCAUAGUAGCAUUAAAUGAAAAACAUUGCAGUGUUGCACAUCCAGAGCCUUUACUGUGCCUCUCGGUAUUUUGUAAGCUCCAUAAAGGACAAUCAGAAGAAAGUGUUCCUGGAAACACAAAUGUAUUAUUUGCCAAUCUAAAGCACAUUUUAUCAAACAAAGCGUGUUCCUUUUUUUUAUUUCUUUUUCCUGACAUUUAUCUGUUCUGGCAAAUCCUGCUGCUAUGGAUAAUCUGAACAGGUCGCAGACAAGGGCCUGUAAUUCUAAUCCUUUACAUACUGACAGCUUUGAAAUGUCCACCGCUGCAAAUCCCAGGCAAAAAACUGCCACACACAAUGAAUGCACUUCUGUUAGUAGACGCUUAUGCACACACCUUAUAAAUAUAUUGUUUCUGUUUAAGAAAAGCUGCAAAAAUGUCUAUUCCUUUAUUUAUUGAAAGAUGAUAUUCCAAGUGUCUUCUGUUUUGAUUGUUUAAUUAUGACGUUUCCUAACCUGAAUAAAUGUUUCAAAUGUA